AUGGAUAUGCAUUGUCUCAUCUUCCUUAUUUCUGAUGGAGAACCUCAAAAUCUCCCAAAAGAUUUUAUUGAAAGCCAGAAUGGUGAAAUGGGGAACAAAGUUGUUUUCUAUUCCUGUGGUGUAGGAGUAGUUUCAAAUGAAAGCAGAAACACACUUGGGUCUCUUGCUAAUCAAACAUUUAUUAAUUCAACACUUGGAGAACGGAGAUCUGGAGAGUUACUUGUUUUUACAGACUAUGACCAGGUAGUGACAAAGUUGGUCCAGAUUUUUCGGUAUCCCAAGAACAUUAAUCCCCAGUGGAGUUUGCCCUAUGUAGACAACUUGGGUGCAGGGAUUGUGAUGACUGUGUCUGUUCCAUUACUUGUGAAUGGUUCUUUCCAAGGGGUUGUGGCAUUGGAUGUCUUUAUGGAAACACUCUUCCAAGGUGUAUCUUUUUCUCAAUUAGCAGACACCAGCUACGCAUUCCUCAUUGAUGUAGAAGGAAGAACACUGAGUCACCCUCUUUUACCAAAACCCAGAACAGUUGAUCAGGGGCAGUUAUUUGUUGACAUCAGCGACUUAGAAACAGAUAAAGCUGUUGAGAGUAUAAUUCAGUCAAUGAAGCAUGGAGGGAAUGGAAGUAAGCAAGUGAAUGCAACACGGGUGAUUGCCCACGGUCAUGUGGAGAGUGAAGGCGUGACAAACAUUUCCAUGGCUUCAAGUUAUUACUGGACAGCAGUGGAAGGCAGUCAAUAUUCAGUAUGUAUUGUUUCUACUGAAAGAGAUACUAAACUAAGAUUAGAGGACAAUAUAAGUUUAGAUUCCUUCUUGUAUCAUCGAAUUGACAAGUACAUCCCCGAUAAUAUGCAAAUCUGUCAGCAUUUUGGAAUAAGAGCCGUAAAAAGUAAUUCUGCUGUCCAGUUUUCUUCGACAUCGUGGGAAGAUCCAUUGGAUCACAAGAAGCAAGUGGAAACUAAGAAAAGUAUUGAAGAUCUCACAAAAUACAUGUUAACAGGAGACAAUAAACCACUGAAUAAUGGAUUUAUUUUAAAGGAUGAUGUGCGAGAUGAAGUAAUUAUUACUGCUAUGGUGGAGAAAUUUUGGACUAACCACUCCUCCUACAGUGAUAUACUCGUAUGGCGAUCAGUAGCAACAAGAAACCUCAUUCGUUUUUAUCCGGCAGGUAGUAUUACUGGCGAUUUUGAUUCCACCAAGAGACCUUGGUUCCAAAGAGCUCUCACAGCAAGAGAUAAGCUAGUUCUUUCUCCUCCUUAUCUUGAUUCUUGGGCAUCAAAUCAAGUUAUUUUGACACUUAGCAAGGCUAUUUUCAAAGGCAGGAAAGAAAAAAGUCAUUCCCCAAGUGGUCCUGUGGCAGCCGUUAUGGAAUGUGAUUUUAGGAUUCAGUAUUUUGGAGAAAAGCUUAAAACCUUUUUCCCUGAAUGCUCUGAUGGAGACUGUUUUAUUAUGCAGACAAGUGGGUUCCUGGUUUGGCACCCAGCAUUUGAAAAAAAGAUUCAUAGUUUUAACCACUCGGGUAUCCCCAGUAAUCACGUGAUUGUUGUG